AUGGCUGAAGGCAGGAGAUAUGAGAUAUACGAUAAAGAGAAAAAAGUUAUAUACAGAAAUGUUCAUGGUGUGGACGAAAACUUGGGAAUAAAGAUUCACCGGGCAGAAGAGGUACUGUCUGAUGGAAAUUAUAUGCGGGUGAGAAUUAAAUCUGUUCACCGUCAAAAGCACCAAAAAGAGUUUGAGCGACUCUACCGGGAAGUUGAUCGAAGCAGCCAGAUCUCUGCUUCCAAUCACAUCCUAUAUGUAAGGAACACUUUCUCUAGCAAAGGUGUUUAUCAUGUGGUCAUCCCACGUGAAGACGAAGCUAUGUCCACCUUGAUAGAAAUGGGUCGUGGAUGUGCAGACGGCCUUUCAGAAAAGGUCAUUUCUGUGAUAUUAAAACAAACUAUUGUCGGGUUGUCUACCAUCCAUAAUAACGAAGUUAUUGCACAUCGAAAUUUGACUCUGAGUAGCAUUGUUUUUUGUGAUUAUGAUAUCAAAGUAGCUUUUGGUGCUACUUUGUAUGAGGAAUGCACAAUCGCUCGUGAGUCAUCAUCAAGUCGCCCUAUUGUAGAGUGGGUAGAGGCUCCUGAAGUUCUUGAUUUGACUAGACAGACUCUACAACGAAAUAAAGCUGAUAUAUGGCGUAUCGGUGUAAUAGCUCUGCAGCUAGCAUAUGGCAGGAGAUAUGAGAUAUACGAUAAAGAGAAAAAAGUUAUAUACAGAAAUGUUCAUGGUGUGGACGAAAACUUGGGAAUAAAGAUUCACCGGGCAGAAGAGGUACUGUCUGAUGGAAAUUAUAUGCGGGUGAGAAUUAAAUCUGUUCACCGUCAAAAGCACCAAAAAGAGUUUGAGCGACUCUACCGGGAAGUUGAUCGAAGCAGCCAGAUCUCUGCUUCCAAUCACAUCCUAUAUGUAAGGAACACUUUCUAUAGCAAAGGUGUUUAUCAUGUGGUCAUCCCACGUGAAGACGAAGCUAUGUCCACCUUGAUAGAAAUGGGUCGUGGAUGUGCAGACGGCCUUUCAGAAAAGGUCAUUUCUGUGAUAUUAAAACAAACUAUUGUCGGGUUGUCUACCAUCCAUAAUAACGAAGUUAUUGCACAUCGAAAUUUGACUCUGAGUAGCAUUGUUUUUUGUGAUUAUGAUAUCAAAGUAGCUUUUGGUGCUACUUUGUAUGAGGAAUGCACAAUCGCUCGUGAGUCAUCAUCAAGUCGCCCUAUUGUAGAGUGGGUAGAGGCUCCUGAAGUUCUUGAUUUGACUAGACAGACUCUACAACGAAAUAAAGCUGAUAUAUGGCGUAUCGGUGUAAUAGCUCUGCAGCUAGCAUAUGGUAUUUUUGACUUCCCGCGAAACAGGCAAGGACAGUAUACUUUUGUUCGAAAUAUUUUGAAGAAACAGAGACUCCCGAACAAAAAAACUACUGAAGGAAGCACAAGAAAAAAAUUGGUGAACACAUUGAAAUCGAAGCUUUCUUCUGUGGUUCCUCGUUUCAGAACUUUUUCAAAAUCUUUCACGAGUAUGGUUAUCAAAUGUCUGGCGGAGGACCCGGCUCAGAGGCCAACUGCAAAUGAGUUGCUGACUGAUGACUUUAUUAUGAGUUCGAGAGGAUGCUAUUAUCAUGCCUACGAGAUGGCAGAGAACCACAGCUCUUCUCCUCCACUUGUUCAUCUUCGAUGUAACCUUGCUCUGUCUUAUGCGCAUAGAAGAAGGGAUUCCUCCUCUACUGAAGGCAAAAAAAAGGGAAGGCAGAGAAGAGAUCUCAGGCGUUUUAUGGGUGAACACGAGGCAACAAAUUUUAUGUUUUUGGGAAUUGACAACCUCAGAUCUGGGUCUUAUAUUACCGGAGCUUAA